AUGGAAGAGGGGCUGCUCGCUGGGGUGACGGCAGGUGAGGUCGCCAUGGAAACGGGGCCUGCGGCCUCACUCGCGCAGCGAGCGGCUCCCCCGCCGCCCGCAGGGAGCACGGGAGCUCUUCUAGCUUUCUUCCCUUCCCCCCUCCCGCCCCCCCACCCCUUCCGUCUCCCAGGCCCGGUGAGGUCAGCUCAUGAAUAUUGCUUCAUUUUCCUGAGAGGCUCCGGCAGCGGCGGGUACCUCGUGUGCGGUGCCCGGCUCUCCGUGCAUGCAUUUCGCCAGCCGGGCAGCGGCCAAAGUGGUGCUCUCGGGGCGGCGGCGGCGGAGGAGGCGGAGGACACCGCCGGUGAUGGACGCGUCCCCGAGAUAGCCGCCGCCAUGAGCCAGCCGCCUGCAGGGGGCGCGGCCGCCGAGCCGCGCCUGCAUCCCGAGGGCAGCAGCGGCAGGAAGCAGCCGCGGGCAUCCUCGCCGGCCCGGGCCCGCGACGGGGGCGAGCGGGAGGGGGCGGCGGCGCCGCCGCCCAAGCAGUGGCGGGGGAAAGCGGGGCGGUCCCCGCUGAAGGGCGCGGGGGAGGCGGCCCCGGCGCCUCCAUCUUCCUCGGGCGCGGGGAAGGGCCGCGGUGCGGCGGCGGGCGGCGGCGGGUACUGGAAGGAGGGAUGCCUGCAAAGUGAGCUCAUCCAGUUCCACCUUAGGAAAGGGCUGGCGGCGGCCGCCCAGAUGCAAACCAAGGGCAGCAACCACAGCAGCAGCGGCGGCAGCGCUGCCUCCGCCGCCUCCGCGGCCGCCGCCCCGGCCGAGCCUCCCCCGGCCGCCUCCGCCUCCUCGCCCGCUGCCAUGGCGGCGACCGGGGCGGAGGGGCUGCGGCAGGGCGAGGCGGAAGGCAACGGCAGGAGCUGCGGCCCCGAAGUCGCCCUGACCCCCCACCUGCAGGAGGAGAUGGAGGAAGAGAUGGAGAAACUGCGGGAGGAGAACGAGAGCCUUAAGAACGAAAUAGAUGAGCUGAGGACAGAGAUGGACGAGAUGAGGGACAGUUUCUUUGAGGAGGAUGCUUGUCAGCUUCAAGAAAUGCGCCAUGAACUGGAGCGAGCCAACAAGAACUGCCGGAUCCUUCAGUACCGGCUGCGCAAGGCUGAGCGCAAGAGGCUCCGCUAUGCCCAGACUGGCGAGAUCGACAACGAGCUCAUACGCAGCAUGGAGCAGGACCUCAAGGUUGCAAAAGAUGUAUCAGUGAGACUUCAUCAUGAGUUAGAAAAUGUGGAGGAAAAACGUACUAUAACAGAAGAUGAAAAUGAAAAAUUAAGACAGCAGCUUAUAGAAGUUGAAAUUGCCAAACAAGCACUACAGAAUGAACUGGAAAAAAUGAAAGAGCAAUUAUUGAAAAGGAGAGGAAGCAAAGAUCUACCAAAAUCAGAAAAAAAGUCACAGCAGACACCAACAGAGGAUGACAACGAAGACCUGAAAUGCCAGCUACAGUUUGUCAAAGAAGAAGCAGCCUUGAUGAGGAAGAAAAUGGCUAAAAUUGAUAAAGAGAAAGACAGAUUUGAACAUGAGCUGCAAAAAUACAGAUCAUUUUAUGGGGAUUUGGACAGUCCCUUGCCAAAAGGUGAAGCAGGUGGGCCACCUACCACAAGAGAAGCUGAACUCAAACUUCGAUUGAGGCUUGUGGAGGAGGAAGCUAACAUCCUUGGGAGGAAAAUAGUGGAACUAGAAGUAGAAAAUAGAGGACUGAAAGCUGAGCUUGAUGAUUUAAGAGGAGAUGAUUUCUCAGGGACCACUAACCCACUCCUGGGAGAGCAGAAUGAAUCCCUGUCAGAAUUACGACAGCAUUUGCAGCUAGUAGAAGAUGAAACAGAAUUGCUGAGGAGAAAUGUAGCUGAUUUAGAAGAACAAAACAAACGUAUAACAGCUGAGCUGAACAAAUACAAGUACAAGUCUGGGGCCCAUGAGAGCUCUAGGCACCAUGACAAUGCCAAGACAGAAGCGUUACAGGAGGAGCUAAAAGCUGCACGAAUGCAGAUCAACGAGCUGAGUGGCAAAGUCAUGCAGCUCCAGUAUGAGAACAGAGUCCUAAUGUCCAACAUGCAGCGCUACGACUUGGCCUCUCAUCUGGGGAUCCGUGGCAGCCCGAGAGACAGUGAUGCGGAAAGUGAUGCGGGAAAAAAGGAGAGUGAUGAUGAUUCCCGCCCCCCUCACCGCAAAAGGGAAGGUCCCAUCGGUGGGGAAAGUGACUCCGAAGAGGUGCGCAACAUUCGGUGCCUGACACCCACGAGGUCUUUUUAUCCAACGCCGUCGGGGUGGCAGAAAAGCUUCACUGACAGGCAGCAGAUGAAGGACAUUCGCUCUGAAGCUGAGCGGCUGGGCAAGACAAUAGAUCGCCUAAUUUCCGACACGAGCACCAUCAUCACAGAGGCAAGAAUUUAUGUGGCUAACGGGGACCUCUUUGGACUGAUGGAUGAGGAAGACGAUGGCAGCAGAAUACGUGAGCAUGAGCUCCUGUACCGGAUCAAUGCGCAGAUGAAGGCCUUCAGGAAAGAGCUCCAGGCUUUCAUCGACAGGCUCGAAGUUCCAAAGUCUUCGGACGAUCGAAGUGCCGAUGAACCUUUGUCAGUGAGUCAGAUGUUCCAGCCUAUCAUUUUACUUAUUCUCAUCCUUGUAUUAUUUUCAUCCCUUUCAUACACAACAAUAUUUAAACUUGUCUUCCUUUUUACACUGUUUUUUGUACUGUAAAUCAUUCAUCAUUUACUGUUCAUUGUAGUGUUAUUUUCAGUUUGUUUAUUUUGUCCACCCUCCAAGAUAAGAAGUGCAAGAGACAUAGUUUCUGUAAUAGCCACUGCUGUAAAAACACUGAAGACUACUUGUUUGCCAAAACCAAAUCCAAACCAAAAGAACUGCAAAAAAACAUACCAAAAAGUCACCCUGUUGAAUAGGACACCUGCUCACUGUGGUAUUCCAGAUCAAGAUUCACAGAACAGGAUCCCUGCUAGCUGUGUGUUUCAUUACUUUCUCUGCUGCCUGGAAAUGGACUGAAAAACUCCUAAAGGAUUUCUUAUUCCUUGAAAGGAAACAUUCAGGGAAGAAAGAAAAAAAGGAAAGCUGUCUUUGCUGUUGUGCAGACUUUAGCCAUGGACCUGCAUGGACAACUGGAUAAUACUGAGAGGAACUGGAAUAAAGAAAAAAUGGAAUUGCUGGAGAGAUUUGACAAUGAAAGGAAAGAAUGGGAAUGUCAAUGGAAGGUCAUGCAGAAGAAAAUAGAAGAGCUUUACCAGGAGGUAAAACUUAGAAGGGAGAGCAAUAUGACUGUCCAUGAUAGCAAGGCCAUUCAGAGCAAGAUGCUGCAGCUGUCCAUGCAUUCCCCUGCUUUGCAAGAAACUG